UGACUAGGCGCGCCAGCAGAAUCUGCUCAGGCAAACUGUUUUGCCCAUAGCAAGUCAAAGUUCGUCGUCUUCUUUCUUAUUACGUUUCUCCCUACUUCUCAUGGCGGAAGCUGGCGGUGCAUCGAUAAUCGUUGCGGUAACCUUUGGCCGAAGCUCCUUCGUUGGACGAUCUGUCGUUGCCGCCCUCCUCGGCGAUGGUCGCUUUACUGUCCGCGUCAUUGACCCCCUCCCGGCUUCUGAUCCAACUCCUUCACUCUCCCCCUUUUUUCAAUCUGGCCGUGUCUCCUACCAUCAUGUGGACAUUCGCAACCGAUCUCCUUCUUUCGUCACAGCCUUCACUGAUGCCGAAGCUGUUUUUCACGUUGACCCCACCGUCACAACCCUUCAAGCGCCGCCUGUGCGUUCCUCUGAUUUUCAUGGACUGCACCGUCUCCUCGUUCAGGGUGCCAGAAACGUGAUCGCCACGUGUUUUGAAUGUGGAGUGCAGCGAUUGGUGUACGUGGGCUCUGCCGACGUGGUGAUUGGCGGAGCGAAUGAGGUUUGCUGUUGGAAUGAGUCGGUGGUGUACCCAGAGAGGUUUGUGGAUAAUUUGAGUGAGUUGAGGGCACAGGCGGAAGCGAUGAUUUUGAUGGCAAACAGUAAAGAUGGACUCUCAACUUGUGCGUUGAGAGUAAGCAAUCCAUUUGGGCCAGGUGACAACACUCUGGUGCCGUUGCUUGUACAGGGAGCCAAGGAAGGAUGGGCCAAGUUCAUCAUUGGAAGUGGUAAAAAUUCAUGGGACUUUACAUACAUUGAGAAUGUUGCCUAUGCUAGUAUAUGUGCAGAUGAAGCUCUACGACUGGGAACACCCUAUGUGGCUGGAAAGCCGUUUUUCAUCACAAAUCAAGAACCUAUGAUGUUUUGGGACUUUCUUUCUAUCAUGUUGGAAGGCUUGGGAUACCAAAGGCCAAGCAUCCAUCUUCCAGCCAAUUUUGUCUUGGCUCUUGCUGAGGUAGCCAAAUUCUUUCAGGAGAAGUUGCUUUCAUGCAAAACUUCCAAUCCUUUUGUUACUGCUUCCACAAUUCGAUCAUUUACAGGCACAAGGACCUUUGAUUGUUCUAAUGCUGAAAGAGUUAUCGGAUAUUCCCCAGUUGUUUCACUAGAGGAUGGCGUUACAUUAACUAUAGCAUCAUUCUCGCAACUAGCUAAUGGCAUUACUGACGUGAACUGGCAUGAUCUGACCAAACCAUCCAACGCGGAGAAUCUACUUGGGAAUGAAAGGGUGGCUGACAUAUUAUUAUGGAGAGAUGACAGGAGGACCUUUACUUGUUUACUUGUAUUGUUUCUGUUGCAUUACUGGUUUUUACUCUCUGAAAGAACGUUUAUCUCAUCAGCUGCUAAACUCCUAAUGUUGUUUGCACUCAUUCUUUUCGUCUAUGGAAUUCUACCUUCAUCAAUGCUUGGUUUUUCCAUUGAAAAGACGUCUUUGUCAUCUUUUGAGGUCCAUGACUUGACACUCAGGAUGUAUUUUAGUACAGCAGCAUCUCUAUGGAAUCAAAGCAUCUGUAUCCUGGGUGUUGUAGCAAAGGCAGAAGAUUGGGGUGUCUUUUUCAAGGUAGUCGGUUUUAUAUCUAUCUUCAAGCUGCUGUUUCUAUUUUCCAUACCGGCAGUAAGCGCUGCAGGUACAACAGGUAGUAGAAAUGGAACGAAGUGGUGAAGAAAUGGAUCGAGCUUGAGGUGACUCAAGAGCUAGCGCCUAGGUGCUAGCCAUUGGGCCCUCCUACUAAGAGCCUUGGCACUACCUUCUUAGGCGCCUAGAUGCUAGUGCCCAAACUAGUAGAUAGAGAGGCUGGCGCCUAGGGGCCAGGCUAGUGGUUCAUAGGCGUCAGCAACUGCUAGGCAGUUUUCAGCAGUUAUUCCCACACGAUUUGGGGGAGUUAUGCAAAUGAUAUAGGGGCUUAUUUGAAAAGUUUUGAGAAAGAGAACAUUGUUGAAGUCCAAGGAGAACACUUCUAAAGUUUAGGGGCGAGUCUAUGUGAAGUCUAGGGUGAGAUUCUAAGUAAAUUUUCCUUUUAUUUAGAGAUUUUUAAUGAGAUUAGUGAGUGUUAUUGGAGCGAAGACAUUCAACACUGUAGUGAGGACUGGGAAAU